CCCGGGGCCGCCCGCGCGAAGCCCCGCCCCAGUCCCCCGAGCCCCGCGCGGGCGGGCGGGAUGCCCCGGGGCCGCCGCACUUGGGCCGGAGCGCGGUGCUGAGCGCGGCCGGCGCCGCGGGCGCCAUGGAGCAGUGGCGGCAGUGCGGCCGCUGGCUCAUCGACUGCAAGGUCCUGCCGCCCAACCACCGCGUCGUGUGGCCCUCGGCCGUGGCCUUCGACCUGGCGCAGGCGCUGCGCGACGGCGUGCUGCUGUGCCAGCUGCUGCACAACCUGUCUCCCGGCUCCAUCGACCUCAAGGACAUCAACUUCCGGCCGCAGAUGUCCCAGUUCCUGUGUCUGAAGAACAUCCGUAGCUUCCUGAAGGUGUGCCACGACAAGUUCGGGCUGAGGAGCAGCGAGCUCUUCGACCCCUUCGACCUCUUCGACGUCCGUGACUUUGGAAAGGUCAUCUCAGCCGUGUCGCGACUCUCCCUACACAGCAUCGCACAGAACAAGGGGAUCAGGCCUUUUCCCUCGGAGGAGACCGCGGAGAGUGAGGAUGACGUGUACCGCAGCCUGGAGGAGCUGGCCGAGUGA